CGCGUUUUACGACAUUAGCCCAGAAACGAAAAUGGAAUGAGAAAAAGAAUCGAAGGUUGAGCGAGGUGAGGACGGGUGGUUGUAUCAUACAAUUUGUAUGCAACAAGUAGUUGCAGUCCGCAAAGCAAAGAUCGUAGUUUCAGUUUCAGGCAGUGGAGCAGCAAAUCGCAAUGCAAGGAGGAUCGUCGGGCAUCGGAUAUGGUCUGAAAUACCAGGCUAGAUGUAUAUCAGAUGUUAAAGCUGACACAGAUCAUACUAGCUUCAUCACUGGCACUCUCAGUCUCAAAGAAGAAAACGAGGUGCAUUUGAUUCGGCUCUCUUCCGAUGGAACCGAACUCGUGUGCGAGGGUUUGUUUUCUCACCCCAACGAGAUCUGGGAUCUUGCUUCCUGUCCCUUCGACCAACGCAUCUUCUCUACUGUUUACUCCACUGGCGAGUCAUACGGAGCAGCAAUAUGGCAGAUCCCUGAGUUAUAUGGUGAAUUGAAUUCCCCUCAGUUGGAAAGAAUUACCUCCCUCGACUCACAAGUUGGCAAGAUCAAAUGCAUUCUUUGGUGGCCAUCGGGAAGGCAUGAUAAUUUGAUCAGCAUUGAUGAAGAAAAUCUGUCCUUGUGGAGCUUAGAUUUAUCCAAAAAAGCUGCUCAGGUACAAACACAGGAGUCAGCUGGUGUGAUGCACUACUUGUCUGGUGGUGCAUGGGAUCCGCAUGAUGUGAAUGCUGUUGCAGCGACUUGUGAAUCAUCCAUCCAAUUUUGGGAUUUACGAACAAUGAAGAAGACAAAUUCUAUUGAGCAUGCUCAUGUUCGCAAUGUUGAUUAUAAUCCCAAGAAGAAACAUGUCCUUAUAACUGCAGAAGAUGAAUCUGGUAUACGCAUAUGGGAUCUUAGGAAGCCAAAGGUGCCUAUCCAGGAGCUUCCAGGACACACACACUGGACAUGGGCUGUCCGGUAUAACCCUGAGUACGAUGGGCUGAUUUUGAGUUCUGGCACAGACUCAGCUGUCAACCUGUGGUUUGCUUCUUCACCUAGCGAUGACGAGUCUGGGCGCCUGGUUGACUCACCUACUAGGCGGAUUAAUCCAUUGCUCAACUCUUACAGUGAUUAUGAAGACAGUAUUUAUGGCCUUGCUUGGAGCUCUCGUGAGCCUUGGAUCUUCGCAUCAUUAUCCUAUGAUGGAAGGGUAGUUGUAGAAUCAGUGAAGCCAUUUCUCUCCAAGAAAUAAGGUUUGACACACUGGUCCCUGUUAUUAUGAUUGGUCUACUUGGUGUGUGAUUUUGGAUAUCAUUGUUUGCGUCUGUUCUGAAAGAUCACAAAAGAAGACCACAGAAUACUGUACUGAGAGAUCAGGUCCCAGUUCAAGUUUUUUGGGUGUACUAUGAUCCGUGAAUACAUACCUCAAGUGGCAAAAUAAUUUAAUUCCGAUUCAAACAUAGCAGAAACUUGGGUGUUGCGAAAGCAGAAGCGCAGAACAGGCAAGGGUACUGUUGUGAUAUCAAUUGACAUUCAUUCAUGUGUUGAGAGUACAAUUCAUCUUACUUUGGUUUCGUAUUUGUUAAAUAAGCUCAUUGUAUUUCCCCCCUUUCAAGUAUGUGAAUGUUAACUUGAAUAAUUGGUUAUUUAACAUGUGCGACUGUUACUAA